GCCGUCUCGCUAGCCUCCCCAGCUGCGUCCCGCCGCUGUCCCCGUCUGGCCGCCCGCCCGCCCGGUGUCUGCUCCGCGCUCUGCCCCGCUCCCACCCCCGGACCCCGAAGCCUCUGCCUCCACGUUCACCCACCCCCGGCUCCCGGACCCCCACCAACGUCUCUCCUCCGUUCCACCCCGGUGAAUGCACCACCAGACGCCGUGAAACAUGACUGGCAUCGCCGCCGCUUCUUUCUUCUCCAAUUCCUGCAGGUUCGGGGGCUGCGGUCUCCAGUUCGAGACGCUCGCCGAGCUCAUCGUCCACAUCGAGGACAACCACAUCGACACAGAUCCGCGGGUCCUGGAGAAGCAGGAGCAACAGCAGCCCACUUACCUGGCCCUAAGCUACAUCAACAGGUUUAUGACGGACGCGGCGCGCCGGGAGCAGGAAACCAUGAAGAAAAAGGCCACACCCAAGCUGUCCCUUUCCAUCACGGGCGGAAUGUCCAGGAACAGCACGGCCACGCCCCCCCGCCACACCAGCGGUAACCUGACGCCUCCCGUCACGCCCCCCAUCACCCCUUCCUCCUCAUUCCGCAGCAGCACGCCUACAGGCAGCGAGUAUGAUGAGGAGGAGGUAGACUACGAGGAGUCGGACAGCGAUGAGUCAUGGACCACAGAAAGUGCCAUCAGCUCUGAGUCCAUCCUGAGCUCCAUGUGCAUGAACGGGGGCGAGGAGAAGCCGUUCGCCUGCCCCGUCCCCGGGUGUAAGAAGAGAUAUAAGAAUGUCAACGGCAUCAAAUACCACGCCAAGAACGGUCACCGCACGCAGAUCCGUGUGAGGAAACCCUUCAAGUGUCGCUGCGGCAAGAGCUACAAGACCUCGCAGGGCCUGAGACACCAUACCAUCAACUUCCACCCGCCCGUCUCCACCGAGAUCCUUCGCAAGAUCCAAGGCUAGAGCCCGAGGUCGCACCAGCCAACACCCCAAACAUAGGCCUGUCCUGACUUUUCCUCACCCAUCCUACACACUAAAGGAUCAAGUGCAUGCUUUAAGUUUUCAUUUUUGUCACCUUUGUUUUUAUUCCACUCGCAUUACAUUCUCUCUUUUAUUUUUUUUUAUUUUUUAUUUUUGUACUAUCCAUGGUAUAUCACUUGUAUUUUUGCAGAAAAACAAACGUAUCUUUGUAGUAUUUUUAUCUAUGUACAUUUGCACAUUCGUAUAUGCUAUUAUUUUAUUUUCACUCUUUCGUUUAACUUGCAUAAGGUGCUAACUGUAAAAAACAACAGAAAGAAAAGACAAAAAACAAAUGAAAGGAGGAGAGGAGAGGAGAAACUAAGAUG